CCAGUGGAACAGGGUGGGGGGACCAGGAGGGGCUUGCCGUGCAGGGGCUCUGGGCUUCCUGGCCCCACCCCGCCUCAGUGUCUCCAUCUGGAAGGGUGGCGGGGUCACAGCCCCCCCCUCGGUCUCAGACAGACACCCGGUGCGGGCCAGGCGCCCCCCAAGCCUGCCCGCGCUUAGAGCCCCGGUUCCCUUGGGGGCCCCCAGGACAGGUGCUGCCGGAAGGGGCUUCCUGCCCCGGGCGGCUGGCACUGCAGCGGGUUCUGGAAAAUUCCGAGGCCUGGAUCUGGCGCGCAGCCGGCUGCCCCUCCCGGCCGCCUUACAUAACUUGCGGGAUCGGAGCAAUGGACGCGUGGGGGGGUGGCAGCGCGGACGCGGCCAGGGGCGCCCCUCCCGCGGCCCAGCUCGGCCCGCUCGGAUCUCCCGACGCCCCUCCCAGUGCCCCCGUCUGAGACCCCGGACUCCAAGGGGGUCGCCCCCUCGCCCCUCGCAGGUGGUCCCCAAAGCCGCCGCCUGGGCGCCCUGCGGAGACCCCCGCUUCCCCCGCCGGUCUCCCCUGAGCGCCCCCGCCCGCCGCCUCAGUCACCAGCUCCGAGGAAUGGGCGCGGGGCUCCCCGCCCGCCCUCCCAGGCCUGUGCGUCUCGACUCCGCCCCGCGCCGAUAAGAUGCUCCCCCGGUGCUGCGCGGUCCUCAGUGUGGUGCGGCCGGCGAGGCGGCCGGCGGGUGGGAUGGAGCGGGGGCGGCGGGCACGCCCGCACCGGGGGCUCGUCUCCGCCUUCCUGCGCGACCCGGGUUCGGGACGCGUGUACCGGCGCGGGAGGCUGAUCGGCGAGGGCGCCUUCAGCCGCUGCUACCAGCUCACCGACAUGAGCAGCAGCGUCGUGUUUGCGCUCAAGGUGGUGCCGCGCCGCGCCGGGUGGCUGCGUCUGUGCGGGAAGGUGGAGCGGGAGAUCGCCCUGCACAGCCGCCUGCACCACCGCAACCUCGUGUCUUUCCACGGACACUUUGCGGACCGCGACCACGUCUACAUGGUGCUGGAGUACUGCAGCCGGCAGUCCCUGGCGCACGUGCUGGAGGUGCGGCGGAUGCUGACGGAGCCCGAGGUGCGCUACUACCUGCGUGGCCUGGCCAGCGGCCUGCAGUACCUGCACCAGCAGAGGAUCGUGCACCGAGACCUGAAGCUCAGUGGGUACCGGGGGGCGGGGGGCCGGCCUCAGACAGCGCCCUUCCCACUAGGUAACUUCUUCCUCAACGAGAACAUGGAGGUGAAGAUCGGGGACCUGGGGCUGGCCACCAAGGUGGGGCCGGGGGGCCGCUGCCACAGAGUGGUCUGCGGGACCCCCAACUUCCUGGCCCCAGAGGUGGUCGCCAGGGAGGGACAUUCCUGCCAGUCAGACAUCUGGGUGCUGGGCUGUGUGAUGUACCUGGUGCUGACAGGCUCGCCCCCCUUCGGCAUGGCCCCCCUGGCCGAGGUCUUUGAGAACAUCCGUGAGGGCCGAUACCCGGAGCCGGCACACCUGUCCCCCCAGGCGCGGCGCCUCAUCUCCCGCCUGCUGGCGCCUGACCCCGCGGCCCGGCCCAGCCUCAACCUGAUGCUACAGGACAACUUCUUCACACAGGGCUUCACUCCGGAGCGCCUGCCGGCCCACUCCUGCCACUGCCCGCCCAUCUUUGCAACGCCCCCCGGCCUGGGCCACCUCCUUCGCAAGGUGCGUCGGCUGCUGGGGACCCCCUCCCCGCGCCCAGGACUCUGUCCCCCCAGCAAGACCCCAAGGCCAGAAGAAGACAGCCCCAGCCCAGAGUCCAUGGAGCUGGCUGUACAGAUGCCAGGUGGGGAACAGCACCCCGCCGCCCACAGAGCCCGGCCUGGCCUUCCUCCCUGCAUCUUGCCCACUGCACAUCCCCGUCUGUGUGUCCAGCCCUGCAGGAGCCCGCAGGGGGGCAGCCGGAUAUCUGGACACGCAGGUAAGGGGACGACUCAGGCAAAGAUGGCUCCAGCUACCAGCACAACGAUAGGAACAGCGGGGUGCAGUUCCCAGACAGCACCCACAGGGCACUGUGCACCGCAGGGUGUGCUACUUGUCCGCCCAGCUCCACCUGCACCUGUCCGUGGUGGGGGCUGUUCCAGGGGUCCUGUAUGCCAUGCUGAAUGACCCGAGGCAGUAUGGGCAGCAGACCCUGGCUGCCCCCUUCAGGUCAGCUUUCCUGAGAGCCAUCUCAUCUGCUGCUGCCCGUCUGCACCCCUCCACCCGGAUGCCACCGAGGGUCCCAGUGGGCUCCUGCAUGAGCCGGCAUGGCCGUCCCUGCGCCCGUCUCCCUCGGUUGCUUUCUCAUUAAAGCAUCUGCAGUGA